AUGUAAAGUGAGAGAAUAAAAUCAAAAAAAAGAGUUAAGCACUAUGAAUUUCUAUAUGAUUCUAAAAUUGGUUCAGGUGCUUAUGCGAAUGUGUAUAUGGGAAGGGAUAUCUAUAAUGAUUCAAGUAGUUAAAUUUGAUAAAAAUAGCUGUGGCAAUUAAAAUUAUUAGCAACAAUUUAAUUAAGAGCGAUUACACAUCUCAACAAAUAAAGAGAGAAGUUGAGAUAAUGAAAUCAUUUAAUCAUUAGAAUAUUGUGAAAUUAUUGGAUGUAUUUCAUAGCACAAACAAUAUAUAUAUAGUGACAGAAUAUUGUAAUGGGGGAGACUUGAAAGCAUACUUAGGAUCAAGAACAUUAAGUGAAGAGAGAGCCCUUCAAAUAUUUAAAUAAAUUUUGAAUGGAUUGUAAGAAUUAUUAAGGAAUGGAAUAGUGCAUAGAGAUUUAAAACCUGCAAAUAUUCUACUGCAGGAUGGUAUUUUCAAAAUCACUGAUUUCGGAUUUGCAAAACGAGUGUAAGUAGAUUCAACAAUGUCAUCUCUAGUUGGAACACCCUUGUAUAUGGCACCUUAAAUCUUGAAGCGAUAGCCAUACACAAGUAAAUCAGAUAUUUGGUCACUUGGAUUGAUUUUGUAUGAAAUGAUUUACAAAACAACUCCUUGGCAUUCAACUAAUGUAGUGGAAUUAUUGAAUAGAUUAGACAAAGAACCAUUGAAAUUUCCUUUUCAGCCAUAAAUUGAACUACUAACUAGAUAAAUAAUUUUGGGUUGUUUAGGUAAAGAAGAAAAGGAUAGAUGGGGAUGGGAUUAAUUGAUGAAAGCAGUUCAGGGGACUGAGAAGUAAUAGAUAAUUAACAUAAAUCUGACUAAAGAAUUGUAUUAUGUCACAAAGAAAUAAUAAUUGCAUAAACAAUAAUCUUAAUAGAACUUAUAAGAGUAUUGUAGAACUAGUAGCACUUAAUCAUCGCCUAUAAGAUCAAUCAGUACAAAGAGGACGAAAACGAUUGCUAAUGAAAACAACAGUAGUGUAUUGUUAUCUGAAUUGAUAAAGAAAAAGCAAUAAAUCUAUAAGAUUUUCGAGUUGCUUGAGAAGUAACUUGAGAAAUUGCCAAUAUUGAAAUUGGAUCUGUGUAAAUAAUAUCUUUCGGAACAGAGAUCAAGGUUGGUGUGUGCAAACAUUGAAUAGAUUUAUAAUAAGGAAGAUGAAAGGGAAUUGAUUUAGCAAUAAAAGAUUCUGCAAUAAUAUUCAUCUAAUUUUGGUGUUUAGAUUAUGAUACUUCUCCUGAAAACCUAUCGGAAGAUCAUCAUUAAUAAUUAUUAAACAGGUACUUUGAACUUGGAUCAUGCUGAAAAAUAGACAAUUGAGAAUUGUAGUGUUUUAGUUUCAAAUCAAUAUAAGUGA